AUCACCACCAUCACCACCAUCAUCAUCAUCACCACCACCAUCAUCACCACCACCAUUUUUUUAAACUUAACUACUGUGUUGUAUGUUUUAUGGAAGUGUUGCAUCAGUGCAGCCAAACAUUUUCACAAAUCUCUUAACGCACAGAAGAAAUUUGUACCUUAUGUUCGUGUUUUUAGAAAUUCACAGUGCCUGUUGAUCGUCAAAGGGUUUUGUUUUUGUUAUAAUUCAUUUUUACUGUUUGACGUGCUGGAUUUUGAAUAUGAAGUUUUGAAAGCAGAUUGUGUUUCUGUUAUUGUAUUUCACAUCACACUUAUACACACAUGUAUUUUUGUAUGUCUAACUGUCAAUUUAAUAUAUUUAUAGUGUUUAUUUGACACGUUAUCCUCACUCUUAGUCUUAAUUUGUGUGUUACUUGUGUUGUUUUUAUCUAGAUCUUCUGUAACCAAGCAACCAACGGCAGAGUAGACAAUCUGCUUCCUGUUUACACCGGUUACGCACAUGCUCAGUGUACGUGAAAGGUCACGUGAUAUACGUUUUCAGGGGUGUUAGUGUGGACGGGGUUACGUAUCAGUGUGGAUGAACCCAUGGGCGUCGGGAGCAAUAAAAAUGUGGGUGGAUCCUCCACGGGAACAUGUUUACUGAAGUAGAUAACAUUUCCUAUAAUUCAUCAUUCAGUUCAUGAUAAAAGGUUCAUUUUUGGUUUUUUUGUUUUUUGAUAGUACAAAAUGCAAAAAUAUAUUUGCCACUUUUGCCACCUUGUUGUGUGCAUGUGUAUAAAUAUGAAGUGUGUAUGUGAUGUUUGUCUCUUUGAAUCAGAAGGAAACAAUGAGCCUCAGGUUUGACCCCCACGGGUCAGUGCUGACCUCUGACCUCAGCUCUGCCGUUUCCUCCCUCCCGACCUUUCCUUUCACCUCACGUCCUCCCACUUCCUCCCAUUCUUCUGCUCUCGCAGUGGAAAAAGUAGAAAGUCAAGUGGCGACGGAGCAGCUCUGAACUAAUAAUUCAUGAAAACUAUCAUGAGGAGACUGAUGAACCCUGGUGUAGUUCACGAGCCUCUGAAUGUCUCAUCUGACGCUGCUGCAACAAAUGACCUCGGAUCACUUGAUAUCAGUCCACGUCUGCACUUCAUCAGCCGGUGUUCAGGUUGGAGCUUUGCGUCAGAAAAGCGUCCGCAGGCGAACAAACUGGACCUGCAGCUCGUUCCUCUGCUGUUUGUCUCCUGCAGAUCAACAUGACUGAAACACACGGAGUGACGGGGCGGAGGAAGUGGACUGUUCCCCAGCGGAGCGGGACGGACGGGAGGAAGCCCGGCGUGGGUUCACCCGAGGCCCAGAGAAGUCUGGUGGUUCCGUUCAGAGGUCUCAUCCCGGGGGGGCUGCGUCCGGGGAAGAAGGUGGUGGUGGUCGGAGUCGUGGACUCUCGUCCUGACAGGUUCUACGUGGCCCUGACGUGCGGCCGCGGGACGUCCAGGGAGCCGCCGCCGGACGUGGCCCUGGAGCUCUGCGUGCGGUUCGGGGACCGGCAGGUCCUGCGACGGGCCUGUGUGUCGGGGUCGUGGGGGGACGUGGACCGAGCCGUGCCUUUCUUCCCCUUCAUCAGAGACCAGCCGUUCAAAAUGGAGAUCCACUGCGAACAAAGUCGGUUCCGUGUGUUUGUGGACGGACAGAAGCUGUUUGACUUCCACCACCGGGUGGCGUCGCUCGGCGCCGUCGACACGUUGUGGAUCAAAGGAAACGUCGCCGUCACCAAACUGGCCUGAGGGAUGAAGGAGGAGAGUGGAACCCGAUCCGGACUCUGAGGCUCAAACUCACGCUAACUCAAGUAUCCAAGUACAUGUGUGUGGUACUUGUAUGUGACCUGAGUAUUUCUGUUCCUCCUGACGAGAACUGUCCUUUGUGACGACACAGAAACAUUGAUCAAAUCCUCCGACUCAAAACUCAGGAAGUGGUUUCAGUCGUAUCUUGGAUUUUGAAUGUUCUUCGUAGUUUUGUCUCUGUCAUUAGAGAUGUGUGAAUGUUAAAGGGUCAGAUUGUCAAAACUGAGAUUUCCUGGCUUUUUUCAUAAUAAAUAAGGUCUCGGGUCUGUAAGUUCAGACAAAUGCACAAAGUCUGCAUUCAUCAGAAAUGUGACGUCAUAGUGACGCAGUCUCCGCCUCCAGCUCCGCCCCCAGCGCUCACCGUCAUUCUGUUGCUGAGCAACAACACGAGAACAAUCAGGAAGCGACUUCAUUGACCAGGAUUCAUAAUGAUAUUAAUACAAGAGACCAGAACUGACUCAUUCAUCGGUACCCGGUGUCGGCCGCGGCCCGACGUGGAGCUGCUGCUGGGCCGGAGACGCCCCCGACACCAGGUACUGAUGACUUGUUGGUCGUUCCUCCAGGUCAGAGCUGCUCUGAGGUGAACAGAGGAGCUGGUUGGUCUGGACCUGCGUCACUCAGAAAACACUCGGCCAAUCAGAAGAGAGGCUCAUCACAUAUUAAUGAGACAGACCACAGUUGACCAGUUUCUUUGCAGAGCUCCUUAGAAAGAGAAUUUAACCAUAUUGAGAUAAAACAAAUAAAUCUUCAUUCGGAUCAAAACUUCAAAUAAAACACCAGAAAGGUAAAAUAUGGACUUUUAACUUCAAAUGUUAUGAUCUUUAUGAAAUGUGAUGAAAACAACAAUCUUUUCUGCAUAUUUUUUAUAAACUUUUCAAAAGAAAACGACUCUUGGUGAGUAAAUGUAUUUAUUUAUUUUUAUUCCUGCCAUGUGGUUACAGAUUCAUUUAUUGACAACAAAUAAAAAGUGUCACCUUUUUCGUUAAACUUCACGGUGAAAUAUUGAGUCUAUAUAACAAUAUGACAAUAUUACGAUAUUUCUUAUUUUUAAUCAUCUGUAGUGCUGCAGUUUGACCAGCGGGUGGCAGCAGAUAUUAGGUUUUGUUCCUGUGGAAAGCGUCUGAGCACAGAACAAGACAUUUCUUUCUUCUCAUAUUGUACAUUAACACAUGUUCGUGUUGAAUGAACAUGUGUACUGCAUAACGCAAGCGUUCCUGUGACGUAUUAAAAGUAACAUCUGGUGACAACCCCACAUGGACAGAAGUAUAUAGACGCUUGUAAAUAAAUGUCAUUUAGUUCUGUGUGGUUGUAACUGUAACCACGACGACGAAGGUCACGAACCUCGUUGAGGGAGUUCUUUUUCUCCGAGGCUCAAUAACCCGCAGGCCCCAUCUCCUCCCUUCCUCCUCGGGGAAGUAGAACAAAGAAGAAACAGAACGGUGGAAGAUCAGCGUCGUCUAAACACUGACCAACUGAAGUGUCUCUGGUUAUAACAACGUCUACGAGUCGUCGCUCCGGCGACCGCAGCCUCCAGAGCUUCACCUCCUUCAUGCUCCACUGUUAUCACCUGCUGCUGCCUCCCCUCAUCAAUUAUACACCACCGCUCCAGUUCAGUGUGUGUGUGUGUGUGUGUGUGUGUGUGUGUGUGUCACCCUGCCCUGUAUUCACUCCCUGUCACGCUCCAUUAAAGCUGGUUUCGUAUUCUUGG